AUGUCUCGAUCAAAUCCUCCCAACCCGGCCGGAUCCCGGAAGAUUUCGUUCAACGUCAGCGAGCAGUAUGAUAUUCAGGAUGUUGUGGGAGAAGGAGCUUACGGUGUUGUCUGCUCGGCGAUACACAAGCCUUCGGGACAAAAGGUUGCCAUCAAGAAGAUUACUCCCUUCGACCACUCCAUGUUCUGUUUAAGAACCCUUCGAGAGAUGAAGCUCCUUCGAUACUUCAACCACGAGAACAUUAUUUCUAUUCUCGACAUCCAGAAGCCGCGCAGUUAUGAAUCGUUCACUGAAGUGUAUCUGAUACAGGAACUGAUGGAAACGGAUAUGCAUAGGGUGAUCCGUACACAGGACUUAUCUGACGAUCAUUGUCAGUACUUCAUUUACCAGACUUUACGAGCGCUGAAGGCCAUGCACUCCGCAAAUGUGCUUCACCGAGAUUUAAAGCCUAGCAACCUCCUGUUGAACGCCAACUGUGACUUGAAGGUCUGCGAUUUCGGACUUGCUCGAUCGGCGGCGUCACAAGAAGACAACUCGGGUUUCAUGACGGAAUACGUGGCCACUCGAUGGUACCGUGCGCCCGAGAUUAUGUUGACCUUCAAGGAAUACACAAAGGCUAUUGACGUGUGGUCCGUUGGCUGCAUUCUAGCCGAGAUGUUGAGCGGCAAGCCCCUGUUCCCCGGAAAGGAUUAUCACCAUCAGUUAACCCUGAUCCUGGACGUUCUUGGUACUCCUACGAUGGAGGAUUACUACGGCAUCAAGUCUCGCCGCGCCCGCGAGUAUAUCCGCUCUCUUCCGUUCAAGAAGAAGGUGCCAUUCCGAACCCUCUUCCCCAAGACUUCCGACCUAGCGCUAGACCUACUGGAGAAGUUGUUGGCAUUCAACCCGGUGAAGCGUAUCACCGUGGAAGAAGCCUUGAAGCAUCCUUACCUCGAGCCGUACCACGACCCUGAGGAUGAGCCUACGGCACCCCCGAUUCCUGAGGAGUUCUUCGACUUCGACAAGCACAAGGAUAACCUUAGCAAGGAACAGUUGAAGCAGCUCAUCUACCAAGAGAUUAUGCGGUAG